ACAAGAAUGCAAGACAAAUCAUCACACCGUCUUUAUAAGCUACGUAAUACCGCUUCCGGGUCUCUCGCGUGCCAGUUAAGUCAAAAUGACCAAGAAAAGGAGGAACAACGGCCGUGCUAAGAAGGGCCGUGGCCAUGUUCAGCCCAUCCGCUGUACCAACUGUGCCCGCUGUGUCCCCAAAGACAAGGCCAUCAAGAAGUUUGUCAUCAGGAACAUUGUUGAGGCAGCGGCUGUGAGGGACAUCUCUGAGGCUAGUGUGUUCGAUGCUUACAUUCUGCCAAAGCUGUACGUGAAGCUUCAUUACUGCGUGAGCUGUGCCAUCCACAGCAAAGUGGUGAGGAACCGAUCACGUGAGGCCAGGAAGGACCGUACGCCACCUCCACGCUUCAGACCUGCUGGUGCUGUCCCAAGAGUCCCAGCUAAGCCCAUGUGAAGUGGAGCAUUUUGCUGAUGUUUGUACGUAAAUAAAUAAUGCCUCCUUAAGACCA